AUGGCACCCGAUAAGCAAUGGAUGAAUCUUGUUAAUGAUCGGUUAAGUGAAGCAUAUCAAUUAGGCAUUAAGAACUUUUUAAACUAUGCUUCAAAAAAGGUGGGAGAUCAUGAAAUUCGAUGUCCAUGUGUAAAGUGUAACAACACUUACUCUAGAAGUCAUAAAGUGAUUGAAACUCAUUUACCAGUUUAUGGCAUAGUCCAAAAUUAUACAUUUUGGUAUCACCAUGGAGAAAGGUUAGGUGAAUCUGAAUCUAAUAGUGAAGAAGAUGAGAUAGUAGAAAUCGAAGGAGAAGAAGAGAUUCAUAGGAUUAUGAGGGAUUUUUUUCCUAGUUUUGAUGCGUUUAACAAAAAUGAAGUGAAUUUUGGUGGCUCAAGCUAUAAUGUUCAAAAAGAGGAUCCUAAUGAUGAAGCAAAGAAAUUGUAUAGAUUGUUGAGAGAUUUGGAGCAACCGUUAUAUGAGGGUUCUAAGAUUUCAAAAUUGUCAACUAUAAUCAAACUUUUACAUAUUAAGAGCCUUGGUCAUUGGAGUAACGAGUCAUUCACCAUGUUAUUACAAAUGUUAAAAGAUGAAUUACUCCCUGAUGGUUCUACGUUGCCAAGUUCAUAUUAUGAGACAAAAAAGAUUAUUCAAGAUCUUGGGCUCUCUUACAAAAAGAUUGAUGCAUGUGUUAAUAAUUGUAUGUUAUAUUGGAAGAAAGAUGAGGAGUCUAACUUUUGUAGUAUAUGUGGUGCUUCAAGAUGGAAAAAUGAUAAUGGAGGAAUCAAAGUUGGAAGGAAUGGCAAAAGAAAAUCAAUGAAAAUAUUGCGAUACUUCCAUUUAAAGUCAAGACUUCAAAGGCUAUUCAUAUCUAGUAAGAUAGCAUCCUUUAUGAGAUGGCACCAUGAAAAAAGAGUUGAUGAUGGAGUAAUGAGGCACCCAGCUGAUUCUUUACAAUGGAAAUCUUUUGAUGAAAUGCACAAUGUUUUUGCUUCAGAGCCUCAUAAUGUGAGACUUGGUCUUGCAAGCGACAACUUCCAACCAUUUGCACAUUCUAAGAUUUCAUAUAGUAUUUGGCCAGUAUUCCUUAUUCCAUACAAUUUGCCUCCUUGGAUGUGCAUGAAAGACUCAAAUUUCAUUUUAUCAAUGCUUAUACCUGGUUCUGAUGGUCCAGGAGAUGCUAUUGAUGUCUAUUUACAACCUUUAAUAGAAGAAUUGCAAGAGUUGUGGGAAGUAGGAGUUGAAACAUUUGAUGCCUCAGUUCACCAAAAUUUUAAGAUGCAUGCAGCUUUAUUGUGGACCAUUAAUGAUUUUCCUGCAUAUGGAAACUUGUCAGGUUGGAGCAUUAAAGGCAAAUUGGCUUGUCCUUGUUGCAACAAGGAUACAUUUUCUAUGAGGUUAGACAAUAGUAAAAAGCAAUGUUUCAUGCGUCACCGUCGCUAUCUUCCAAUGAAUCACAAAUGGCGUAGUGACAAGAAAUCAUUUGAUGGCACAAAAGAGUAUGGAUUACCACCAAAACCUCUUCUGGUAAGGAUAUUCUAA